AUGCACAGCGAAACUUCAAACGCCAUUGACAGGUUCUCGUAUAGGUACGUCCCAUCCGCUCUUUCGUCCAAUAGUAUUGACGAUGUAUCUUCCAGACACUCCAAGUACUCAUCAAGCACAUUUUUCAGACAAAGUUCUUUCGCAAUCUCACGAUGUCUCGCAAUCGCUCUGCCAACCACGGACAGCGCAAGCGGAAGCCCACCGCAAAAUCUCAGUAUCCUAUCCGUUUCAUCCCCCAGGCCCUCAACCUCUUCACGUUGUAUGUCAGCAGACUUCAGCAAGAUUUCCAGAGAGGAAGCAUCUUCUUUUGUCGAAAAUUGGAUUUCUUCGCUUCCCUCCACCACGCCCCACUCUCGCGCUGUGAACGCUGUACGGCUGCUGUUCUCCACAUCCGCAAUUUCUCUCAGUCUUGACAUGACUUUACUUCCGGCUAUGCCUUCUCUCCCGACCAUGCCUUCUCUCCAGACAUCGUCGACAAGUAACAAAAUUGUCUUCCCUUUGAACCACUCUGUGACCCUCGAAACCGCAGAUUCUAGCACGCUUUCUUCACGCACCUCCUUCGCUUGCGUUUCCCCUCCGCUUUCUCUCGUGAUGCGGGCCAGCUGUUCCAUUACUCCUCGUUUUGUCGCGUCUUGA